AAAAGUUAAAAGGUAAUAUAAGGCAACAGUGUAACAGCAACCUUAUUGUUAGGUAAGUAACUUAUGUUUUGAUAAUUUGCUACUUGGCGAUUUGUAUUUAAUACAUCGUGUAUCAUAGUGUAGUGUCGUUUGGUCACUUCACUCACUGCAUAUCAUGUCUGAUAAAGGUCUUCUUGUGACUGCGGCGGGGACAGCGUGCGCUCUCGGCGCUGCUUACUACGCUUAUAAUGUUUAUAAAGAGACAAAGAAACCAAAGUUGCCUGAAAAAUGGAAACAAGUCGGUACACUCAAAGAAAUUUAUGUGUACCCGAUUAAAUCUUGCGGACCCGUACUUUUGAACCAGGUGGAAUGCAGUACACUCGGUCCAAAAGAUGGAUGGUUGAGCGACAGAGUUCUGAUGUUAGUAGACGAAAAUUAUAACUUUAUAACGGCGCGUGCGCUCCCUGAGCUGCUCCUGGUGUAUCCCCAAGUGAAGAGUUCCGUGCUCAGCUUGAAGCACGUCGACAUGGAGCCAUUACAUGUUAACUUGGCAGAAGUUAUAGAACUGCAGACACCAAAAACUGCCAAGGUCUGGGGUACUGCGGUUCCAGUUUAUGAUUGUGGCUAUGAACCCAGCGAAUGGUUUUCGAGGUUAUUAAAUAGUUCCGCGAACAACUUCAGGCUGGUGUACUACGCAUCGCAGAAGUCACGUGACCUAAGACCAUUGCAAAAUAGUUUCUACAAGUUCACUAAAAAUGAUACGGGCGCUUUACCCGAUGAAGUACCUUUCAAUUUAAUUAACGAAGCAUCCGUUAACGAAUUGAACAGCCGCUUGAAAGAUUGUCAGGUGACUGUACGUAACUUCAGACCUAAUUUCGUCCUUUCUGGCGCCGAACCGUACGCCGAGGAUACUUGGAAAUAUAUAAAGAUCGGUGAAAAUGUUUUUGAAAUAAUAAAACCAUGCACCAGAUGCGUUUUGACCACUAUAGACCCGGAGACCGGCGUACGAAACUCAAAAGCUGAACCUUUGGAGACACUGAAAUCAUAUCGGCAAGUAACUGAUCCUGAGGAGCGCAGAGCUACAGGUAACUCUCCGCGCAUGGGUUUACAGAUGGCGCUGCGGUCACCACCCGGACAACUCGUGUCUUUAAACGAUCCUAUUUACAUCCCACAGUGAUAAUAUUCUAAAAUCUGUUUAAUAUUUUUUUUAUAAUCUAACGGGCUUUUUUAAUCCUUUAUUAAA